CGAACGAAACUGCAUCGCAGUUCGCUCAGAGAGCCCGAACGGGAUGGUUGUGCUUUAAAUUUAUCGUGUGUCAGUGUUCGGCACGCCGAUGGCCGAUUUUUUAUUUUGUGGAAUUUAAAUUGUGAUGAAACAAAACCAGUGGUAAUUAUUGAAUGAUUAUUCUCUUGAGUGUGUUCUUAAGUGUAGAUUGAUCGAACUCUUCGAUUGCUUGGUAAGAAUCUCAAACGGCGUAAUUGGCUGGAUGAGGAAUAACAAAGAACAAAAGAAAAAAGUGCUGACCAGUAGUUUUCGCCUAGCGGGAUUUGUUUAUUUUGAUUAGCCUCUAGUGGGUUCCGCGAACAGCUAUCCAAACAGUUCGAUCCGUAAUUUGAAAUUCCUAUCUCGCUUCGCUUCGAAUGGAUAGCUUCUGUGAAAGUGUCGUUUGCUGCAGCAGUUAGUGACAAUCACACACCAAAAGCGCGGCGGAGAAAGAAAGUUGUUAUUGCGAAAACCGCGAGUGAAGCAAAAUAGGUAUACGUGAAAUAUAUUUUGCCAUAAAGCCAAACCGACGGCGACGAAGAGGAGGUGGUUGAUGUGUGUGUUAGUUUAAAUAGGCGCUCCGUGUGUAAAAUCGAGUUUGCUGCCUUCAUGUGGGCUGGUAGUGGGUAAGAUUUGUGGAAACAGCGAGCUUCUGGCUCUGUGUGGAGAGCUGCUUGAGACGGCCAAAACGAGAAGGAAUACAACAGUCCUAAUAGAAGUGUGCUCGUGCGAAAUUAUUCAAUCGUUUCGUCAUCGCGAUUCAUUGAGCAAAAAUAAAGGAAUACAACGUGUGUUUGUUGAACACUGUAUGUGCAAGGAAUAGACGGGCUGCUGCCAUUCUGCAGUCCAGCACUUCUAGAGGAUUCAACAUCAGCAGAAACGGGAGGCAGCAAGAAGAGAAGCCAAAAAUUACAAUCCACGAAAUCGUCGGGUUUUGGAGCUGCUACGCCACUCGAACGCGAUUCCAUUCGAGAGAGCCACCGAAAUUAGCGCUGAGCUGACAAUCAACGACAAAGCCGAGAGAGUCAACUACCGUUAUCUACACUCUAAUCAUCUCGCACGUCACGUCAUCCCACAACAAACAACACAACUUACAUCGCCGCUGAGAUCGCCAGUCAGCCAGUGUCAACUAUUACCCAGUUCAACGGAAGGCUCAGCAAACAAGGGAUCGAAAGUGAAUCGUCGCCUCGUUGCCUACUAGCAGUGCUGCUGAGUGAUCUUUCGACGAAGAUAUUCUUGUGUGCAAAAUCACUACCACACUACUGUGCUGUGCUGGGUAAUAGCCCGCCGUGCCAACCAAACCUGCGUGCUUGUUUGACGAGUAAUAAAUCUAUGAAUGAGAUUGUGCAACGAUCGCGCCGGGACCGUGGAAAAGUGUGGAAUGCAGCACAAAGGAAACAAGUGUGACUCAAGUGGAAGUGUGCACUAUUUACAUUGCACCACAGUGAUCAACUUACAGUUCAAAUAGUAGCCGCAUUUAUUAAAUGUCAGUAAACAAAAGUAUUCGCCAAUUAAAUUUAAAGCAAUAACGAAGUAUAUCAACACAUAAUCCAGUUGACACUGUGAGAGUGUUUUGUGCGCAAACGGCGGGGAUUUCAAUUGAAUCGAAUCAUCAAAUAGUGAAAAUGAAACCGCUACGACUGAUGCUAGAUGUUAGGACGCUAGGUAUAAGUGUAUUAAUACUAUGGGCCAGUUCGUUAACGGCCGCAGUGCAAGUGGAUGAGGUGGUGGUCGACGAUCAGCUGGAUGGGCCAAAUGUGUGCAAGGAGGUGGAACAGUAUCAACUCUUUGUGACAGCUCCCCGGGAAGUUACGUAUCAGGAGCGAUAUCAGAAGUGGUGCGUUGCAGUGCCGCCCCGAUGUUCGGCGUAUCGAGUGAAAACGAAGAUUGUGAACGAAACCUCGAGCGUAACCAAGGAGCGGAUACUGAAGAAGUGCUGUACCGGGUACGAGAAAAAUCAACAAGGAGACCGGUGCAUUCCGGCGUGCAGUAAUGGGUGCAAACACGGAGUGUGCAUAGCACCGGAGACUUGUAAAUGCAACGAGGGAUACGCCGGGAAGAUAUGCAACAUAAAUUGCCCUCCAAACCGAUGGGGAUCCGACUGCAGCCAGUUGUGCCAGUGCAAGAACAACUCCACGUGCAAAGCUCAGGACGGAAGCUGCGCCUGCCAGAAGGGCUACCGUGGGGACCACUGCGAGUACCAGUGUCCAUCGGAUCGCUUCGGCCAGGACUGUGCCGAGGUGUGCCAGUGCCAAAACGGGGGCAAGUGCGAUCCGGUUUCCGGGGAAUGUUAUUGCGCACCCGGAUUCACUGGACCGUUGUGUGCCGAGCGGUGUCCGGAGGGUAAACACGGGGAGCAAUGCCGAUCGGAUUGUCGCUGCCAGAACGGUGGAAGUUGCGAUUCUCAGACGGGUGAGUGUAUUUGUCCGGCCGGUUAUACCGGAUCGGUAUGUGCUAAUCGUUGCCAGGGCCAAAGAUACGGUCUGCGGUGCGAGCAAAAGUGUGAAUGCUUCAACGGUGCCGAUUGCAAUCACGUGACUGGGGAAUGUAUCUGCUCGCCUGGAUUUAUGGGAUCGAAGUGCUUGGAUUCGUGUCCGCACAACACCUACGGAUACAACUGCACGGAAGAGUGUCGGUGUUUGAACGGAGCCGUUUGCGAUUCGGCCACUGGCAAGUGUUCUUGUUCUGCUGGAUGGAUGGGAGCGGACUGUAGGUUAAGGAUAUGUCCGGACGACCGAUUCGGAGAGAACUGCACGGGUCAAUGCGAGUGCGAUAGGAACAACACCAAGAUGUGCCACCCAUGGACUGGAAAAUGCCACUGCAAUCCUGGUUGGAGUAGCACGCUGUGCGACAGACCAUGUCCGUUCCUGCGGUAUGGACAGGAUUGCUUGAUUCACUGCAACUGCAAGAAUAACUCGCCUUGCAAUCAUAUCGACGGAACUUGCAAUUGUAUUGCCGGUUAUCACGGCGAAAACUGCGAGGAGCAGUGCAGUAACGGAACCUACGGUCAGAAUUGCAGCCAAAGCUGUGAGUGUAUGAAUGGAGCCACGUGUGCACCGGAAACGGGUCAAUGUUUUUGCGCUCCUGGAUGGCAAGGAAUUCGGUGCGACCGUCCCUGUGAUACCCACCGCUUUGGAAAGGAUUGCACGGAGAGAUGCAACUGCUCGAAUAAUGCUGUUUGUAAUCCGGUCAAUGGUCAGUGUACUUGCCCGGCAGGUUGGACCGGAGAACGAUGCGAUAAGAAGUGCGAAUCGGGUCGGUUUGGACGGAACUGUUCGCAAACCUGUGACUGCAGUUUGGAGCAUACCUUGGCUUGUAACGCAACUACGGGCAAAUGUAUCUGUAAUGCAGAUUGGGGCGGUGUACGUUGUGAAAGCCGCUGUCCUCUAGGUUACUACGGAGAAUCGUGUAACGAAAUAUGCACUUGCCACAACAAUUCAUCCUGCGAUCCCAUCACCGGCGACUGCAUUUGCUCAAGCGGUUGGACCGGCCCAACGUGUAACGAACCGUGUCCGGAUGGAUUCUUUGGACACGGAUGCAAGGAACGAUGUCCGGUGUCUAAUACAACGUGCGAUCAUAUAACCGGAAAAUAUUCCUGCAGACCGGGCUACAUUGGGACCACCUGUGAACAUCCUUGCCCUUCGGGAACCUACGGAAACGAGUGUAAGCACACGUGCACCUGCAAGAAUGGCGGCGAGUGCUCUCACGAAACGGGAACGUGUCAGUGUCCUCCGGGAUGGACCGGUGCCAAUUGCGAAGAGGUUUGUCCGAACGGUUUCUACGGAGUGAAUUGCAACCAGAAGUGCAACUGCAAGAACAAAGCCAAGUGUCGGAAGAACGAUGGCCAGUGCAUCUGUGAUCCCGGUUGGAUGGGCAACCGGUGCGACGAAGUGUGUCCGGAGGGAUUUUAUGGGAACCACUGUAUGGAAUCGUGCAAUUGUCCAACGGGAAACUUCGCCUGCCAUGCUGCUCGGGGGUGCGUUUGCAGCGUUGGGUUCUACGGCGAUAAGUGCGAUAAAUCUCGUGCGGAAGCCAAGGUGCAACCAACGGAAGAGAGUAAGUAUAAUCCUUUACCAACCAGUACAAUUCAUGAAGGUGCCAAUAAUUUCGAUACGACUACUUUAUAUCACGAUUGGAAACUACAAACUGAGGACGGUGAUCUGUUACAUGUAGAUCCGACUUCGACGGUGGAAGAUUUUGGUCAGCCGUUGGAUGAUUACAUACACCUACCAGAUGAACCACGCGAACAUAGUAAUACACGAGAUUACGAUUUCGAUGAAUACAGCGAGAUUCAGCACCCGGACGAACCUCAAAGCAGUUCAGAAACUAUCGCUAUUCUUACAACUAGUUCAGUCCCCACUGUUCGAACAGAAGGUGUUCAAAAUACCCCAACAACUCCAGUCUCGUCUAUUGUGACCACUGUAUUGGAUGAUUCCAAAGUAAUCACAUCGACAUUAGAUUCAAAGGAUCAGGAAAAAAUUACGACGGUUGGCUUCAAUUGGAAACUACAAUCGGAGGAUGGAGAUUUCUUGGGAAUCAUGUCCACUCAAUCGGUGGAAGACUUUGGCCAUCCGUUGGACGAUUAUGUACAUCUUCCGGAUGAACCACAAAAGAAAAUUCAAUCAACGACUCCUACUACUGGCAUGACAGAACAGUAUUCUACUACGAUGUAUUCGGCAAAUAGUAAUUUCCAAGGAAUGGGAACCACUGUGAAUGGAGAAGGAUUUGGAUAUACUUUGGAUGAUUACAUUCAUCUGCACGAUGAACUUCGCAACGUAACAGCUUCAAAUGCUAUGUUUACAACCGGUGCAACUGUCUCUACAACCGAGAAAUUUGAUUGGAAGAUACCACCUGAAGAGGACAUUAUCCUGAUUACCGAAUCACAAUAUGAAGGAGAAAGCUUUGGUCACCCUUUGGAUGACUACAUUCAUUUGCAGGAUGAACCGCAUAAUGAAUCAGAAACAAAUGUUGUACCAGCGAUCACUUCAACCACCUCUCAACGUACAACGACCGAACGAGACGAUUGGAAACUGCAAUCAGAAGAUGACAGUUUUUUGGUCACCGAAUCACAAUUUGACGGGGAAAAUUUUGGCCACCCGCUGGAUGACUACAUUCAUCUGCAAGACGAACCUCACAAUGAAUCUGAAUCAAAUGUUCAACCAAUAACUAGUUCCGCUGCCACUCAACGUACAACAACUGAACAAUUCAAUUGGAAACUGCCGUCAGAAGAUGACAGUUUUCUGGUCACAGAAUCACAAUAUGGAGGAGAAAACUUUGGUCACCCUUUGGAUGAUUACAUUCAUUUACAGGAUGAACCGCAUAAUGAAUCGGAAUCAAAUGUUGUUCCAGUGAUCACUUCAACUGUCUCUCAACGUACAACUACCGAGCAACAGAAUUGGAUACUGCAAUCAGAAGAUGACAGUUUUCUGGUCACCGAAGCUCAAUAUGGUGAAGAAAACUUUGGUCACCCACUGGAUGACUACAUUCAUUUGCAGGAUGAACCACACAAUGAAUCGGAAUCAAAUCUUAUUCCAGUGAUCACUUCAAUUGCUUCUCAACGUACAACUACCGAGCAACACAAUUGGAAAUUGCCGUCAGAAGAUGAUAGUUUUCUAGUCACCGAAUCACAAUUUGGCGGGGAAAAUUUUGGUCACCCACUGGAUGACUACAUUCAUUUGCAGGAUGAACCGCAAAAUGAAUCGGAAUCAAAGGUUAUACCAAUAACUAGUUCCGCUGCCACUCAACGUACAACAACUGAACCAUUCAAUUGGAAACUGCCGUCAGAAGAUGACAGUUUUCUAGUCACCGAAUCUCAAUACGGUGGAGAAAACUUUGGUCACCCGUUGGAUGACUACAUUCAUUUGCAGGAUGAACCGCAUAAUGAAUCAGAAUCAAAUCUUACACCAGUGAUAACUUCAAGCGUCCCUCAGCGUACCACAACUGAACAAUUGAAUUGGAAACUACAAUCUGAAGAUGACAGUUUUUUGGCCACCGAAUCACAAUUGGGAGGAGAAGACUUUGGUCACCCUUUGGAUGACUACAUUCAUCUGCAAGAUGAACCCCACAAUGAAUCUGAGUCAAAUUUUGUUCCAACGACAGCACGUUCUCUCUCAUUCCCUGAUAAAAAAGAUAACAGCUCUACUACUGUGUUGUUCGACUGGAAACUGCAAUCCGAGGAAGACCGUUCUUCUGGAAUUGAUUCAGAAGCUAACUCUAAUCAUCUUCCGGAUGAACCCCGCAACGAAAGUGAUUUCGUUACUAAUUUCAACACAACGCCCCUCUUUGACUGGAAACUGCAAUCCGAGGACGACAAUUUUAGACCAUCUGAGCCAUCCGGGACCGGUGAAGAUUUCGGUCAUCCGUUGGACGACUACAUUCAUCUACCGGAUGAACCUUCAUCCCAAUCGAAACCGGAUUCAUCAACGCCAAAAGCUGGACAUGAUUUCUCUUAUCUGUUGGACGACCCGCCUCGCAAACCGAAUCUGUCCAAGACGAGAACGACUACGCAAGCGACCGACUAUUACGACCAGUACGAGAUACCCGGCGAGACCGGGAACCCUCGCAAUGACUACGAAAAUUACAUCGACUCGUUGACGGACAAGGGGGGUAACCUUUCCGCGAAUGCUCGCGGUAUAAAUGGAUCCGAGGUGGCAGGAAGAGCUUUCGCAUCGAACGCCGGCCUUGCGUGGGGUCUUGUGGUAGCCGUCCUGUUCGUGGGCGUUAUUGUCGCACUGGUUCUAUACUACCGGCGGCGAGUGGCCAAUCUGAAAGCCGAAGUCAACCACGUCGUCAAUUACAUGAUCCAGGAGCAGCCGGGCCAUUUCGACAACCCGGUAUAUUCGGCCUACCAAAAUCAACCGGGAGCGGGAUCCCAAGGAGGCGGCGGCAGUAUCAAUGGAGGGCAACCUAACGGAGUGGCAAAUGGAUCGUUGAUUCGAAACAAUUUGAGGAAUCCCAAGUCAAAUCUGGACAAGUACCGCUAUCCGGAAAACGAAUCUGUUGGAACUGAUCGAUCUUAUUCCAUCCAGUUUUUGUCGGAAAGCCAAAAGAACUUCGACGCCGACAUGACCAACCCCAAUUAUGAUGUCAAGGAUCACGUGUACGAUGAAAUCAAACACAAAGAUGGUUACAAAGACCUCGACACUGAAUACGACCAUCUGGACUACUCCCGGCCGGGAAGUUCCCACAAGACGCACUACUUCCGAAUGACGAAUCCGCUUACCAACUCCCCGAAGGAGAUCAAUGUCCUUCGGGAUAACGGAACCAUCAACAAUCUGUCCUCGCCGGGCCUAAGCAGUCGGCAACCGCUAGUUUCCACUGGGUUGGGUGCAUCGGCCGCCACGGGUGGUGCAACCGAUUACGGUUCAUCCUCGUCCAAUUCGUCUCCGAUACCUCCUCCGCUCUGUACUACCACUACUGGUACGGAUAGCAGCAAUUUGUACGUUAAGAUGUCCUCCGAGGGAUCGUCGUCCCAUUCUGCUAGUAGCGAUCAGGAGUGCAACAAUGCCGCCUCCAACAGCACAACCAGCAAGAUUCCAGAGCAUCAGCUGAACAUCAAGUAAGUGCCGGAGUUUGCUCACAUCCUAUCUUUCCUUACGAUCUUAGUAGCAAAAUAUGAAAAGCAAUCUUUAGUGAAUUCCGAAUCAAUCUUCAAAACUGCUAACAGUCACGAUUCAAGGAUGUUUCGUAUUGUGUAUACUACGCUCAUAGUUUUUAGUGUGUUAUAUUGUGAGUUUUAAGAUUGUGAUAAACGAAAAUUUUGAUUGUCUUUUGCUAGGUCUGUUAGUUUUAAGUAAGCUGAUUGUACAGCAAUUCCACGGAAAAAUAUAGUGGGUUUUACAUUUUUAAGCAAUGUUUAGUUUUGAUCCUUAUCAACAAGUUUCUUCAUUCACUAUUUAUUUAUUAGGUCGUUUAUUUUUGUUCGAUAGUAUUGAAAUCAAUAUCUGUACAUCUGGGUCUUUCGCCUCUUUUUCUAAAUGAUACAUACAAUGUCGAAAGUGGUGCGCUGUAUAGAGUACUCGAUCACACAAUACACAUAAACAUUUCCUGCAUUGUAUUUAUCCUAGUUAGAAAAUAUUCAAAAAAAUAUUGACUCAUCGAUUUCAAAUCACAACUAAGUACAUUAAAAUUUUUAAAUUUUAUGUUAUCCUAAACCAAAAAAAAAACGCCCGAUUAAAUCGUCUUGCUUGCAAUGAAGACUGUCUUUGAAAAAAAAAGAUACACAAAAUUAUCGACCGGUAGUUAUGGUUAGUUUUGUAAUUCAUUUCUUCAAUGAAAGUUUGCACUUUGCCCUUGACGCCUCUUACUAUUGUGGGUAAUAGUGGGGUCGACUUCUUUUGAUACUUUUACCCAACUCGUUGCUUUACUUAGGUGUUUUGCAGAGCUUGAGCUAAUCAAUAUGUCUUAUCAUAGGCCAUAUGAAUAAAACAAAGUAUAGUCAAAUCUUUGUGACGAUUCACAGAGAUUUGGUUGAAGGCUUUUCGGUAGUAUUUACUCACCUUUAUUCGUACGACCUUAUGUGUCGAAGACAGUCUUUAUUUCCGAUAAGGGACACAACUACAAAUCGUUUAAAAAUCUGACAUCCCGCUAAACACUUUUCCAUGAGGAAUACGGUCGGUUGUGCUUCCCUUUGGGAAGCUAAGCGACCCGACAUAAGUCGUUCAGAUAGACUGCUAAGGAUGAGAGAAUAUGGAGGAGAAUACCGUAAUCGAAUGGAGGAGUUUAAUUUUUAAACAUACUGCCCUCCUCAACUACAUUGGAGCGCUUAUUAGCGUGAAUGCCGUUCGAAAAGAUAAUAAUUCUACUGUAAUGUUAAGCGUGCCAAAACUGAGCUAUCCCCGAUCAUUCGAUAGAUUGGAGUGUUGAAACAGAUCAAAAAAUACGUAAAAUUGUUCAUCACUCACCUAUCUAUUUACAAGUCUUGCUCACGAGUUUCAAUUGCGGGUUGAUAUUUUACAGCAAAAGACCAUGAGAUGUAAGCAAAAAAUGCGAAAUAUAUAAGAAAGAUUUCAGACAGAUUUAGAGCAAUCAAAAGGUAUCCAUAUUUGUCAUUUCCCCCCACAUUCGAAGUAGGGUUACAAAGUUUAUUACUGUAGUAGACUUGUUUGCAUUGAGAGAAAUGAGAAAAAUCUUAGAAUACCAUAGGACGGCUACGAGAAGCUCACAUAUACAUAUUCAUAUACACGUUUGGAGCAAAAAAAUAAGAUGAAUCAAAAUUUAAAACUGUUAUUUAGAUACAAUUAACGGCGGUGUAAAAUUUACGACUGUCCGCGGAAGCAAUUCUAUUCUUAUAGUAGUGAUGUUGAGCAAUAUGUAGAUUUUCUCAUUAAAGUUUCUAUUGUGAAAUCCUGA